GUGCAAUAGGUAGUGCUUUGUGGGAGAAUUCAUGUGUCAUCAGCUGUAACCCGUGUAUAGAUGAUUGGAUUAGCGAUGUUCGCUGAGAGGGAAGGUCGCAGAGAUUGUCAGCCUUUGGCUUAUCAUCAUCAUCAUCAGCGAAGGCUGUGUGCGGAUUUGAGCAGAUUCGGGUGUCAUUGCAAAUCAGCAUUGACUGGGAACCUGCAGUGAGGGAGUGCUGUGACCAGAGCUGCAAUCGUCAGUAGAAGCGAGGGAACGCCCGACAUAUAUAUCCAAGUCUUUGACCUUGUAUUACAGAGAGAGAGAGAGAUAGACACUGUCUCUACAAAUGAGACAUUCCACUGAACGGAUGCGCAAAGGGAAUCUGCUCUGAAAUCAGAUAUAAAGGCGUGAAUCGUAAGAGAAGAAAAAAAUAUUGUGCUGAUCGACUGACCGUCUGUGUGGAGGUGAUCAGCCGCAUUCCUGUGAAGGGCAGAGAAUAAUACAGCACCGCCUCAGCUCUGCAGCGUUAUGAACACCGGCGUACCUUACCAGCACAGUCCUUACAGUCCUGGAGGUGUGCCAUCCGCCAUCCACUGUUUCAAGUGUGGAGGUCAAUGCAAAGGAGAGGUAGUGCGUGUGCACAGCAAUUACUUCCAUGUCAAAUGCUUCACCUGCCAAGUGUGUGGGUUGGAUCUCGCACAAGCAAACUUCUUCUACAAGAAUGGAGAGUACAUUUGCACACAGGAUUACCAGCGAUUGUAUGGGACCCGCUGUGAUAGCUGUGGAGACUUUAUUGGAGGAGAGGUAAUUUCAGCUCUGGGAAGAACAUUCCACCCCAGCUGUUUUGUCUGCAGUGUCUGCAGGAAGACUUUCCCAGUUGGAGACCGUGUGACGUUCAGUGGGAAGGACUGUGUUUGCCAGCAAUGCUCUCAUACACUGGUCACUAGUUCGGAGCCUGUCAAAAUUCAUGGGCCCAGUCAAUGUGCUGGCUGUGGGGAUGAAAUCAAACACAGGCAGUCACUGCUUGCUCUGGAGAAGCAGUGGCACGUGAGCUGUUUCAAAUGCCAGGCCUGUGGAGUUGCCCUGACAGGAGAGUACAUUAGCAAGGAUGGAAUUCCUUACUGUGAAACUGAUUACCAUUCUCGUUUUGGAAUUAAAUGCGAGACCUGCAACAGAUACAUCAGUGGCAGAGUGCUGGAGGCUGGCGGCAAGCACUACCACCCCACCUGUGCCAGAUGUGCCAGAUGUCACAAAAUGUUCACAGAGGGAGAGGAAAUGUACCUAACAGGCUGUGAAGUGUGGCAUCCUCAAUGUAAACAGGCCGCUCGGAUGGAAAAGAAGCUUCGGCAUAGACGGACGUCUGAAACCUCCAUAUCUCCGCCUGGAUCCAGCAUCUCAGGAUCACCCAACCGAGUCAUCUGUGCAAAAGUGGAUAAUGAAAUACUGGACUAUAGGGACCUGGCUGCUCUUCCCAAAGUUAAAACGAUCUAUGACGUCCAACGUCCCGAUCUGAUUUCUUAUGAAUCCUAUCUCAAAUCUACAUCAGAAGACAGACUUGAAAGACAUAGUAUUGGGGAGUCACAUGGGAUGCUGUCACCUUAUUCACAGGACAUAUAUGAUGGCGUUGAUUUCAGACAGAGGAGAUCUUCCAGUCCCGGAUACAUAGACUCACCCAUCUACAGUCGGCAGGGAAUGUCUCCUACAAUGCCUCGAUCGCCUCAGCACUAUCACAGACCAGGCACUGAAAGCGGCUGGAGUUCUUAUUAUAGCCAGCUAGACUUCAAGGCAAGCCCUGCCCAGACACCCAAGCAUUUCCAUGUGCCAGUGAGUGGAGAAACCUCCAAUAUCUACAGGAAGCCUCCUAUCUAUAAGCGACAUGAAUAUGUGUACUUAGCGACUAAGAGCAAAACAAGUGAGGACAUUGUCCAGUCUUCCAGAUAUCCUUCAGCCCACUCUCCAGACAUCUAUCAGCAUUCUGAGAUGGAGUCCUGGAAUUCCCCCUCUUCACCCAAAGGAACGAGAUGGAGUCGUAGAUCAUCCGGAGCAGAAGAAGAUGGUCAAAAUGUAUGGGACCAGGGCAUUCAAACGAUACAGAGUGGCAUUAACAGACUGAUUCUGAAGGAAGAGAUGAAAGCCAGAGUUGGAGCUUAUGAUCAUGACCCUUGGGCUCUGCGUAACUCUAGAGAAUAUGCCCAGAGUGCAGGCUAUGGUUCUCCAAUCAACGGGUCUCCCAGGGCGAUGUCUGUGGGAGACAGCGAUUCGCUUAUUUCGAAAUCUGCCACUCUCCCUGCCUACACGAGGAAUGGGCUACACAGGCCUGAGAGUCCUGACAUUUUCCAAUACGACGACGACAGUUCAGUUAACUGGGGAAGGAGAGAAUACAAGAUUUAUCCCUAUGAAGCAUUACUGGUGACCACUAGGGGUCGGAACAAACUGCCAAAAGAGAUUGACAGAACAAGACUGGAGCGCCAUCUGUCGCCAGCAGAUUUCUACCGGAUCUUCAGAAUGACGCUCGGCGAGUUUGACCGGUUGGCGCUGUGGAAAAGAAAUGAGCUGAAGAAACAUGCUCGCCUAUUCUAAUCACACAGGCACAUCGCAUUAAACAGAGACGGACACAAGAAGAUCACUCUUGGCCUGUCCGAGUAUACGACGCAUUUAAUCACACACUCUCUUAGUGUUUUCAUAUUGUUGUAUUGACAGAGCUGUUGCCUACAUGUAUCUGUGGAUGUUCUGCAAAUAUCUGACUUGUCGUCUCAGAGGAUUUCCAUUAUUUGAUGGUGUACCUUCCAAUUGCAACAUGUUUGAUAUAAUCCAUAUAUUCAUCUGAUUUCUUGGGAAUAAGGCUGCGGAAGCCAGGGUGUCAUGUUUAAGGAUAGCUGGGAUUCUGGAAUAAACUAGGAUUAUUUGUUA